AUGUUAGUGUACGACGGCCUUCUCAUCGUGCUCCUAGCCCUGCAAGGUCCGGCUUUGGUCUCGGCCUAUGAGUCCUCCUCUACGGAGAAGGUAUGGGAAGUCUUUGCGUUUACUGUUUAUGGAGACAGUAAGCCAAGUACCCUGGCUAGAACUUUGACGGACUAUGGAGCCAACGGACUCGCCGCGGCAGCAUCGGCUUUCCGCCAUCGUUAUAUAUCACCUGUUGAAGGUUCCGCAACUGGGAUCCAGAACAUAUCUCCAAUCAUUUUAGACUCAAACGAUGUGGAUGUGCUCUCGACUACAGACCAGAGCGUCGUUGCUUCUGCUCAAGCAUUCAUGCAGGGUCUGUACCCACCCCUCGGCUCCAUGAAUGUAUCGAGUAGCCAGAAUGCGAAUGGAUCAUUUGCACAGGCGCCUUUGAACGGAUACCAAUAUCCGCGGAUUGUCACAGUUGGCGAGGCGGAUCCUCAGUCAAUUUUCGUCGAAGGCCAGGCAGCGUGUAACGUGUACCAUGCUGCCGAAGCUGAAUACCGUGACAGUGAGGAGGUCCAGGACAUCACGCGAGACACAGAGGCCCUCUACAGAAAAAUUUGGAAGCUGGCAUUAUCUGGGGUCUAUGAUGAAUCAUUUGUGACUUACAAGAAUGCCGUUCAAAUCUCAGAGUACUUGGAGUAUGAACUUGUGCACAAUAAUAGCUUGCUAGAAAGCCUGAACCACGCCGACAUCCGCCGCGCGCGCUCACUGGCGGACCAGUACAUGUGGAGCACGAACAGCCAACAAUCAUCCUCGAGCGAGUCUAGGUCCACCAGCAGAGCAGCCAGUCCAAUUGCGGGGCAGGCGUUGGCAUCGAGUAUUAUUGAAGCAUUCAAUCUCAACAUUCAAGAAAAUGGUGCUCGGCAGAAGAUGACAUUGGUGUUUGGUGGUGAUGAGCCAGCCAUGGCCCUGUCCUCUCUGAUGGGACUCGCAAACCAGCAGCAGUCCAAUUUCUUUUCCCGUCUAGCACGAGGUGGCUCCUUUGUCUUCGAGCUGUACAGCUUUGAGGACAGCAGCGAAUCGUAUCCGUCAUAUCCAGAAAUCGACAAUCUGUAUGUCCGGUUCUUCCUUCACAAUGGGACCAAUGAUGCUACCGAGUUUCAGCCGUAUUCCUUCUUCGGACAUGGCCCCAGUCGUGCAUCAAUCUCAUAUAAUGAGUUCCGCUCCGAACUGGAGACAUUUGCUGUGGCUUCAACCCAGGAAUGGUGCCUUUGGUGUAACGCUGAAUCUGUAUUCUGCAAUGGAGUAUUAGAUCAGAAUGCAUCAUACCGAAAGAAAAAGAAGAACAUGUCUCCCGCUGUGGCCGGGGUUAUUGGUGCCGUCGUGACGCUUGUUGCUGUCGCAAUCAUAGCAGCCAUUGUGUCCUUCGUGUGUGGAAUUCGCAAGAGCAAAGCCCGCAAAGCAAGCCUGGGGGGAUUUAAAGGUCCUGGCAAGCUCGCCAGUGAUGUUGAUGUGUCAUUCCGAGAACCUGUAUGGGAAAAUUCGAAGUCCAGCAACACGGAAGCUACCCAUGACCUUCCUACUGGAGUUGUUGUGCAAGGCCAUGAGCGUCUAGGGAGCUGGGAAAUGAGCCAAGGAAGGAAAGAGAUGGAGAAUGUCCAUUCUGAUGGUACAAAAGUCAGAUGGCCUAUUGAUGGCGAUGAUGAUUGGCGUAUACAUAGUGGUCUUCGACCAGUGAAAAUCCGCGAGAGUGUAUAG